AUGGCUCUGGGUAACGAGAAGAAGCUGUUGCAGCAACUGUGUUGGGAGAUCGGCUUCAAGCCAGACAGGAUUGCCCAAUACGUCUCAGGCGAACAGCGCGAGAUGCUGUUGAAUUUCCCAGAGAUGGAGUACUAUCGAGACAUUGUCUUUAUGUUUAAGUUCAUGAUGACCCCCACAUCGAGUGCUCUGCCGCCCAUUCGACCGUACAACCAGAACCACGCAGAUCUCACAUGGCGCUGGAAGGGUGAUAAAGAACCCGUGUGGGAGGUUAAGGCGUUUGAGCAGGUUCUGCUAUGUACACCCCCUACCACGGACAAAGAGAAGGAUAAGAAAGGUCUAUGGGCACGUCUGAUGAAGAGCAUGUCCAAAGAUCUGCGGGCAGGCCCGAGUGGUGCCGAUCCUACCAGUCUACUCAACGCCACGGUGGAGGGAGAGGAGGAUGUGCUGCAUGUCAAGGUAUAG